AUGGGUCGCAGAAGUGAGGAACAAGAAGAGUCAGAGCUUGCUCUCCUCAGCAACGAUGACUCGACAUCGAACAGCGAGAUCAGUGAUCUCGAGGCCAACACGAAAGUUGACCAGAUCAACAAAGAUGCCGAGCCCGAAUACCAAACCCCCACCACAUUGAAGGCUAUCUGGCUCACUGCGUACUUUGGGUUCAGCAUGGCCCUGACUAUAUAUAAUAAAUUUAUUUUGGGAUCUUUCCAAGCUCCAUGGCUCCUAACCUCCCUCCACACAACCGUCUCGGCGCUUGGGACACUCGUCAUGUUGAAAAUGGGGUACUUCAAGCUCUCAAAACUCAGUUUGAGGGAACACCUUAUACUUGGUGCAUUUUCUGUGCUCUUCACAUCGAACAUUGCUAUGUCAAAUCUAUCAUUGUCGCUUGUUUCUUUAGCAUUCUUCCAAAUUAUCCGUAAUACCGUGCCGCUAUUCACCGUUCUGAUUUACCGACUCUGGUUCUCUCGAUCCUAUGCCACGGCAACAUAUCUAUCCUUGGUUCCGAUCGUUAUCGGAGCUGGAAUGUGCACAGCGGGCGACUAUAAUUACACAAUCCUGGGUCUGAUGGUCACGAUUGGAGGUGUUAUGUUGGCUGCAGUAAAGACUGUGACUACAAACCGUCUGAUGACCGGCUCACUUGCACUUCCCUCCAUGGAACUGCUUUUCCGAAUGUCGCCUCUUGCAGCGGUUCAGUCUUUUAUCUUCGCAAUUUUUGCCGGGGAGCUUCCGGUGGUUUCAAAGGCCAUGGCUGAGCGGACUGAAAAUGCCUCCGCUUUUGCGAUAUUUGCGACUGUUCUAUUCCUUCUUGGAAAUGGCUGUCUCGCGUUUGUGCUGAACGUCUCGAGUUUCCAGACGAACCGACUUGCGGGAGCUCUUACGAUAACCGUUUGUGGCAACCUCAAGCAGGCUGUCACCCUGGCGCUGGGCAUUAUUAUUUUCGGUGACUUUUCCAUCAACAUUCUGAAUGGGCUCGGUAUCUCCUUGGUGUUGGCUGGUUGUGCAUUCUUCAGCAAAGUGGAGUUGGAUUCUAAGAAGCGGGUAGCAUCGACAUAG